AUCUAGGCCCGCCGCGCCGCUCCUUUGAAUAGCCAUAAAGGGGGCUCUAGAAAGGCCUUUGUCGCGCUCAGUCUAUUCAUAGCCAAACGUAUUAAGGUCACCCCGGUACCAUCGAGCUCUCCGGCACACUGAGGUCGAUCCCGUUUCCUAAUCAUAAGCAUUGCAAACGAUACUAAGAGAAUCGUCUAACCACCAGUUAAGAUCGAGAGUGAUCACUACUGCUUCUACUUUGGUUGAAUUCCUUUUCUGACACCCCGCUAAAUGGCCACCGAAGUGAACGUCUCGGAGCGUCCGAGUCUGGAGCCCAUAUGGACCAACUAUCGCAACCCCGGCGGCGCAUCCCAGACCGCUCUCCGGCCUGCCCCAAGUCCUGGCCUGUCUCCGUCGCCCAGGUCCCCCAGGAGCCUGCCGAGCCCGAGUCCCAUCUACCCCUCUACUUCAGACGGGUCGAUGAGGAGGCAAGAUCGCGCCCUGGUCAACAGCCUCGACCAAAGGGCGAAGCGCAGCAGCGCGAUCAGCUUGAGUGCCCUGACGCCCAUCGACGGGUACUGCCCGUCGCCGUUGGUCUCGAGGCUCGAGAAGAUCAGCAUCUUACCGCUGCCCGGUACGUCUCAGGGGCUCCUGACACCGGUCUCCCCGAACUUCCCACCGCCCCGGGGAGAAGGCGGCAAUUCUCGAAAGGGCUCGGGAUCCGCAGCUUUCCGUGAUGGUCUACGGGGGCCUCCCGCUCCCGCACAUGACCGAAAGUACUAUGCCACGGACCGCCAGGCGUCUCAAGCUUCAACAGCUGCCUCCCCGCGGAGGAUCCCCUCCGGCGGCGCGGAUCUCCGGGACCAGCUCCGGACCUGGGGCCACGUCUACUACGGGAACGCGAAGGCGGCCGACGCCUUUAUCAUUGCCCGGUCGCUGCGCCAGCACAACCACAGCCGCUCGGCCGACGCGGGCCGCGAGUGCAGACGGGGCCUGGUCUCGUCGUCGAGGCACGCGCAGACGCCAGGUAGCAACCACCUGACGGUCCGCGCCAUCGUCCGGCCACGGGCUCUGGAGCGGCCGUCGUUCCUGCUCCAGCGCAGCUUCAACACCGACGAGCUACGCGCCACUGUCCCCGACCCGCUGCCAUCGUGGCGUGCCCGCCGCGCGAGCACCCACCUCCACGACGGCGGAUUCCACGAACAGCAGCCUCCUCCGGCGGCUCGCCACCGCGACCUCUCCGCGGCGUCUCAGCGCCGGCGGUCGAGCAACGCGCGGUCGGGAGCAUUCAUCCGGUCCGGCUCGAGCAGCCUCGACGUCGAGAGUCUAAUACGGGACGCGAAGGCCGUGCCGAUUCACUUCAAAUACGCGCGGGCCUUCCUGCCCGUCAUAGCCGCCCUGCUCGUGUCUGGCCACGUACGCGACGGCGACGUCAUCUAUUUACCCAUGCCGCACGCCGAGGCCUGGCCCCAGACCGCCCGGUACGUGUACACGGGACAGGGCGAGCUGACGACGGCUAUGCGGGAGAAUAUCCUGUAUCUCGCCGGGAAGGCGUGAUAGGGGGCUGGGCGACGAUUAUGGCGGGGACACUUGUAUUCCCCUUCAACACUAGGGUUACAUUCCUUUAUUUCCCCUUUUCUUUGAGCGCUCCACUCCCCCUCCUUUGCUCUCAUGCUUCUUAAAUGAGGUGUAUUUGGCUAGGAGGAGCA